ACAACGCUCGUCUCUCUCUCUCUCUCUCUCCACGAGACCACGACCAACCCCUGCUCCUCCGGCCACGCUGCGAGCGGCCCCCAGCCCCCGAUGGCGUCAACGGUGGAGAUCAGCCACCUCUCCUUCACCUACCCGGGCAUCGACGGCCGCCCGCCGCCCGGCGCGCCGCCGCUUAUCGAGGACGUCUGCUUCUCCCUCGACGCCGGCCAACGGUGCCUCCUCCUCGGCUCCAACGGCGCAGGCAAGACGACGAUCCUGAAGAUACUGGGCGGGAAGCACAUGGUGGAUCCGAGCAUGGUGCGGGUCCUGGGCAGGUCCGCCUUCCACGACACGGCGCUCACCUCCUCCGGCGACCUCUGCUACCUCGGCGGCGAGUGGAGACGCGAUGUGGCCUUUGCUGGCUACCAGGUGAAUAUUCAGAUGGAUAUAUCGGCAGAGAAGAUGAUUUUUGGUGUUGCUGGUGUUGAUCCAAAGAGGAGAGAUGAGCUUAUCAAGAUAUUAGACAUCGACCUUUCUUGGCGCAUGCACAAGGCAUCAGAUGGUCAGAGGAGACGAGUCCAGAUUUGCAUGGGACUUCUUAAGCCAUUCAAGGUUCUCCUCCUUGAUGAGAUCACAGUUGACCUGGAUGUGUUGGCAAGAUCAAAUCUGUUGACAUAUCUUAAGAAGGAAUGUGAUGAAAGAGGUGCAACAAUCAUCUAUGCCACACAUAUUUUUGAUGGUCUUGAUGAUUGGCCAACACACGUUGUUUACAUUGCUCAUGGGAAGCUGCAAUUAGCACUGCCUUUGGAAAAAGUGAAAGAAAUGAGCCAGUUGUCUCUAAUGAGAACUGUGGAGAGUUGGUUGAGGAAAGAAAGAGACGAGGACAGGAGGAGGAGAAAGGAGCGAAAGGAGAAAGGCCUCCCGGAAUUCGACAAGGUUGUUGAGGGUAGCCGGGUUGUAGGUGAUCCAGCAAAGAGUGCUGCCAGAGUCGUAAACAAUGGGUGGGCAGCAGGACGGCUCACCUCAACGAUCGCAGGAGAGGAGAACUUCGUUUUCAGCUCUAACAGCGUUCUUAGACAAUGAUAUUGUUUUGUAAUUUGCUCUUCGUUAGUUUAAAAUGGUGAAUAACAGUCUUGUAGACCCAAUAGAUACAUUAUUGGAGCAGUAAAGGAGAAAUGUUCUUUUGUUUGCACUUGGAUUUGCAUAUUUGCGCUUCUGUAUAUGUAUGCAACAAUAUAAUUGGAUCCCACGGUGUUCAAUUGUUCAUAUUUCUACA